AAAGCCCCAACCCAACACGAGAGAUGCUCCCUAUAAGUAGUCCACCACGACCUCGCUGUCGUCUCAAAGGUCCUCAUUGAGAACCUUGCUCGCCAACUAAAUCACUUAAUCCAAUCACAUCCAUCCUCCAAAAAUGCCUUUGACCGGUCACUGUCUGUGCAAGGCCGUCACCUACACCAUCGAGGUGGAGGAGCCCGCCCUGGUCGGGUACGACCACUGCGACGAUUGCCAGCGGCAAAGCGGCUCCACCUACUCGCUGGUCGCCGUGGUGCCCAAGGACAAGCUCACGAUCAACGGGCCGACCAAGAGCUGGGCGGGGCUGGGGUCGUCCGGGAAAGCCGUGCACCGCAUCUUCUGCUCCGAGUGCGGCUCGCCCAUCGCCCAUGACCCGGAUGCCGCCCCGGAGAUCAUCGCCAUCAAGGCGGGCACGCUGGACACGGAGAUCAAGAAGAAGCUCAAGCCGGACACCGAGAUCUGGACCGUCAGCAAGCUGCCUUUCUGCCAGGAGCACUUGGCCAAGCCGUUCAAGCACAUGCCGGAGUAAUGGAUCGAUGCGGGGUGUCUGAUGAUGAUGAUGAUGAUGAUGAUGGUGAUGGGAAAAGUGAAUAGCCUUGUUUCACCUAAUUUGAUGAAUGGAUAUGUCACCAGAAUGUGACCGAUAGCCUUGUACUGUAUUGUAGCUGUGCAACGAUAAGUUAGCUACUACGUACUUCUAGUAUGGAACAUUAGCCCA